AUGGCGACUAGUCUCAAAUCAGAUCUAUUGGAUUGCCUUUCGGGAUCCAAUGUGAUUGUCGAAGGCGACGAGAGGUGGCCCGAUGCAAUCAAGCGUUGGACAGGGUAUCAGGCCAAAAUUCCUGCAGCAGUAGUUCGAGUACUUAACGAAGAAGACGUCAUUUCAGCGGUCUCCUAUGCGGUCAAAAAUCAAAGGCCUUUUGUGGUUCGUGGAGGGGGCCACAGCAAUGGCUUUUCGACUGUGGACAGCCCUGGGAUCGUCAUUGAUCUCUCUGGAAUGAAGAACGUCACAGUUGAUGUUGAGAAGCAGGUGGUUGUUGCGCAGGGAGGGGCAACAAUGGGUGACGGGGUGAAAGGGGCUGGUGCAGUGGGAAUGGCUGUCGCUACUGGAACGUGCAAUGAAGUGGGACUGGUUGGCGCUACUCUUGGAGGGGGAAUAGGGCGUUUUCUCGGACAUUUGGGAUACGCAGCAGACACCGUCUUAUCCAUGCGAGUCGUUGUGGUAGGCAACAGCGGAGUAGCCCGCGUAGUUGAGGCAUCUAACGAAGUCAACUCCGACCUUCUCUGGGGUCUUCGUGGGAGCGGUCAUCUAUUUGGAGUGGUGGUUGAAGCUACUUUCCGGGCCCUCCCGUGGUCCUACGAUACUUGGCACAGUUGUCUGGUCUUCGUGCCUAAUAAUGUAAGAAUGGUUGCGGAAGCUGUGGACAAAAUCCAUUAUCGGGGAGGUAUGCAGGGGCGUCUUGUAUUCUGUGCUCCAAACAAGAAGCCCGCCGUCCUUCUUCAAUUAUGGUAUGUGGGACCACCCGAGGAAGCAGCCAGCAAGUUCCACCCUCUGCUUGAUCUACCAUCUCUGAAAGAUCAUCCCUUGAAUUUUGUUGGCCGUCGAAUCCCUUACCUUCAUCUGAAUGACUCCAGUGAACGUAUAUGCGGCUAUGAGGGAAGAAAGAACCUAGCAGCAUUUGGCAUGAACAAAAUGUCAGCCGAGUCUUGUGAGGUUGCACUCAAGGUCUACAUGGACUUCAUAGCUCAACAUCCAGAAGCAGCCCAGACUCACAUCUUGACCGAGUUCUACAGCAUGGAUGUUGCCCAGGAGCUAGACACAGAUGGGCAAAUAACGUCGGUUCCCGUUGAGCUCCGGCAAGAAGUAAAGUAUUGGGUCAUGCCUCUGGCUUGGUAUGAAGAUCCUGCGCUGGACAAGGCAUGUGCGGACCUCAACAAGGAUAUUCAGGAGGCAUUCUUAAUUCAGCCAGAUGGCAAACGUUUAAAGAGGGUAGGCUAUGUUAAUAUGCCUUUUGAAGAUGAUUCCACCAAGAGUGUUUUUGGUUGGGGUGAACGGCUGGAGAGGCUUAGGAGACUCAAGAGCAAAUGGGACCCGCUUGGUAUUAUGCAAGGGAUUGUUAAGCUUUAG